AUGGAGGACGACGAAGGGUACACAGUACUGAACCUCCGGCCGAAGAGGGGAAACUCAGCCAGUCCGUCUCCAGAUGGAGGCCAAGAGUCUCCUCCAAGUCUCCGUUGUUAUAGAAUCGCUCUAGGAGCUUUGGGGGCCUGGUGUAUCAUUCUGACGUUAGCAGGGAUUGCACUAGGCGUCUGGGUUUUCCAGGGUCCAGCUCAUGAAGACCGUCUUGGAGCAGCAGGGAACGCAUCCCUGGAGGAGCUGGUGUCUCACUUGAGGCAGCGUCUGUGUGACUCAGCACCCGGCAGCGCUGCAGAUGGUUCCGGGUGCAAAGUCUGCCCCCGGGACUGGCUGCCCCACAGGGACAAAUGCUAUUGGGUCUCUAAAGAGAGUAAGUUCUGGAGCGAGAGCUUUAAAGACUGUGAAAUGAGGACGUCUCAGAUGCUGGUGAUCCAGGACAGGGAGGAGAUGGAGUUCAUACAGAACAUUACUCAAGGGACAAACCUUGUCUGGAUUGGACUCACCAUUAAAUCGCCAGAGAAGAAAUGGACCUGGGUGGACACUUCCCCAUUAGAUCAAAGUCUGUUCCCAGUAUCUGGCUCUGCUGAAGGAAACAGCUGUGGGAUGAUCAGAAGGAAUCGGAUUAAUUCUGAAUCUUGCAACACCGAAUUCAAGUGGGUUUGUCAGAUGGAAGCCAUCCUGCUAUAAACCUGGUGGUCCCUGCUUGGAAAAAAUGAACACUUUGUAUUUUAGUAUAUGGGCAGUGAUGAGUUUUACGACUUGGAGUUAUACAUUUUAAGCCCACGGCUUGAUCACCAUGUGGUUUUGAAAAGGGAGGAGAAAAAAUAUUUCCAAAUGUAAGCGGGUGAAAUGGCUUUCUUCUAGAGGGAGGCUGGUCUUGUGGGGUGGGAUUCAGGAGAUCUGGGAUGAUCCUUUGUGACCUUCUUAACAGUGAGCGUGAUUAACCAUUUGAACAACGACCAAAGGAAGUGUUGGAUUCUCCAUCUCUUGAUGCCUUGACUGGCUGCCUUCUGGAAGAUGUAUGUUGGCCAAACACAAGUUAUGCUUUAACCAAACACAAGUAACUGGGCAGGGGAAAUUUAAUGGCUUGUAUUAUAUAGGAGGUCAGACUAGAUAAGCUAACGGUCUAUGAAACUAUCUUCUAAAGCACCUAAGUCACCCCGGAGUAACAAUAAUCAAACUGUGGCAUUCCCAGUCCGCGAGACAUCCUGACAUUUCAGAAUUUCCUUUUGUCCAGAAUUGGAAUGAAAAGUCAACAUUUCCUGUGAAACAAAGUAAAUUGUUUGGGGACUAUCAAGAGAGCCUUCUUAAAGUGCUUCACUUUGGCUUCUAUAUUAGACUAUAAACGUCAAAACGAAGUGCUUCUAUAAUGUUUCGUUGAAAAUUUUGAUGAAAUUAAUCUGUUCCAGCAAAAUAUUUUAAAUUUUGUCAAAUCAGCAUUUUCUGGGGGGAAGCUCCAGCGAGUAGU